AUGACCAAGGAGCAGCAAGCUCAGCUCAGCCAGCAGGGUGUCGAGGCGCUCGACAAGCUCCUCAAGGAGACGGUUGAGAACCGCGUCCUCCCCGCUACGUACUUCGGCGUCACCGGUCCCGAGGGCGAGCUGUACUACUCCUGUGCGGGAGAGAAGGUGUUCGGCAAGCCUGAGGCGGGCCAGCUGUUCUCGAUGACCAAGUUUGUCACCUCGCUCGCUGCGCUCCAGCUCGUCGAGCAGGGCAAGAUUGCCGUCGACGACCCGUCCGUGAUUGAGAAGCACCUCCCUGAGCUCUGGGCGCAGCCAAUCAUCACUGGCUGGACGGACGACGGCGAGCCGCAGCUCGUCCCCCGCAAGAACCCGCUCACGCUCCGUCACCUGCUGACGCACACGAGCGGACUGGGCUACGCCUUCCUCCGCCCCGACGUGCUGGAGCGGUACGAGAAGAAGGAGGGUCUGAAGGGUUUCCUCGAGGCCAACAUUGGCGUGGAGGGCUAUGUCCGCCCUCUGCUCUUCGAGCCGGGCACGCACUACGCGUACGGCACUGGUGUGGACUGGGCGGGCAUCCUCGUCAUGCGCCUGACGGGCCAGACGCUGGACGAGUACUUCCACGAGCACAUCUUCGGCCCCCUCGGUAUCGGCAAGGAGGAGAUCACCUUCCUCCCCACCGAGCAGGUCAAGGAGCGCCUGCAGUCCAUGGCGGCGCGCACGUCCGCAACAAAGGGGCACAUCAUCCUGCACCCCGGCUGGCGCAAUGUCGCCAAGAUGACGCCCGAGAUGAUCGGCCUCCAGUCGGGCGGCGCAGGCAUGGUCGGCACGCUCCGCGCCUACCUCAAGUUCCUGGCUGGUAUCCUGAAGUGUCAGCAGCCGGGCGGUAUCAUCUCGCCGCAGACGUUCGAGCUCGUGUUCUCCGACCAGAUGCCCGAGGGCAAGCAGCCGCGGAAGGACCUCGCCGACUUCCUCGAGUUCAUGGGCGUCACGGACAAGCAGCAGACAGAGGGCAAGGUCACGCACUCGCUUGGUCUGUGCUACCUCGCGAACGGAAGCGACGACGGACCCCUCCCCGGAUCGGCUAGGUGGUCGGGUGUCGCCAAGACGCACUACUUUGUCGACCCCAAGGCCGGCAUCGCCGCCAUCUGCGGCACCAACAUCAUGGAGGAGGUGCCCACGCAGUUCCUCGAGGUCUACUCCAAGUUCCAGCGCACCGUCUACGACAACCUCGUCCAGAGCAAGCUCUGA